CAUCGCUCCAUCCUCCCUUCCCAUCGUCGCCUCUCCAUCGCUGCUCCAUCUUCCCUUCUUUCCUCCCUCUCCCUCUUCCUAUCCCCCUCCACCGUCCUCUCUCUCUCUCUCCUUCCUCUCUCUUCUCCUCCCACAACAAGCCUCAAAAUGUCCGUCGGAAGCGCCAUGAAGCGCGCUUCGCGCUCGACGGGCAAUGGCAUCCGACGCUUCCUCUACUGGCUCGGCCCAACGUAUUGCAUCCUCCUCGGCGCACUCCUUCUCGUUGGCUCGUUCAUCGUCCAGCUGCUCACCUCAAUUGGUGUGCCCUACAUCAAGGCUUUUGACUUUUUCCGCUUCGAUCUCAGCACCUUUCAAUUCGUCGAGCUCGGCAUGUGGGCCGCCUGCACGGGCACCGAGCCCAUCAUCUUUCCCUCUGCGCCCCAAUUCAACGAGCCCGGCCACUUCAACUGCCCCGAGGCCACCUGGGGCUGGAAGGACCUGCAGUACGAGAGCAUCUACAAAAACUUUUUUGACCACAACCUUCCCAAGGCCCUCAUCUUCCACCCGAUUUCCUGCUGCUUUACCUUUUUCGCCCUCGUCUGCGCCCUCGUGACGAUGAAGCGGCAGAAGUCGCACUGGCUCCUGCCCAUCUUCAGCCUGCUCUCGUGCACCUUUGCCCUCAUUUCCUUUUUCAUCGACGUCGCCGUUUUUGUCCCCGCGCGCCACAAGCUCACCACGCCCGAGGCCACCGACCAGCUCGGCGCCGUCGUCCUCUCCACCGAGCUCGGCCCCGCGUUCUGGCUCAGCCUCGCCUGCUUCUGCCUCGACAUCAUCGGCAACCUCAUCAUUCUCUUUGGCUACGGCAUCUGGCGCUACCAGCGCAAGUCCCAGGCCCGGCGCUCGGCCAGCUCGGCCACCAUCGACGUCGAGAACGGCGGUUUCAGCAAGCGGGCCCGCAAGGCCAACCGCCGCCGAGGCUACGGCGAGAUGGGCGCCGGGGGCGAUGGUGAUGAAAAGGACGAAGCCCAUGAGAUGUCGGCCGUGCGGCCACCGUCGUCGGCAGGUACGGCCAUUGGAUCCAAGGGCAACGACUCGGCGUCGACGAUCAAGGAUGACCCCUUUAGCGAGAAGGUUGCUGCUGCAGCACCCACACUGCCCAAGUCGACGUCGCGCCGUGGCCUUGCGCAGGACGAAGAGGAGGGCGAGCACGACGAUGACGACUCCUUUGAGCACCAGGCUCAGCGCUCGGACCGAGACGGCGACGACGACGACAACGAAGAGGACUUUGACGACGCGCGCAGCUCAGCUGGCCGGAGCGUGUACGAGGACGCGCAGAUGGCACGGUCGGGCGUGUCUGUCGGCGCAGGUGCCUCGACCCACUCGGUUGUAUCACCUGGCUCACCCGAGGUGGCUGAGCAGGACGAGGAGGAGGAGAGGCAGUCGCAGCCUCAGAUUGUCAACUACGGCAGCAGAGGCCUCAACAAGCGCAAGCCCGUUCCCAGGUCGUAGCUGAAUGCGCCCCAGCCCUGCUUCCCUUCUCGCUUUUUAGCAUCGCGCACCCACAACACACAGACAUACUCACUCUUGCACACUCACACACACGCACACACACACACACACAACGGAUUUCGUCAGCACUCUGGCAUUGCAGCCCACUCUUUCCUUCCUAGCUCACUCUUUUUCGACUCUCACUCUUUCUUUUGUAUUAUUUCCGCUUGACUGGAAGUCUCUCAUUUCAUCUUUUCGCUCUU